AUGAUCAAGGACACUAAUGCUGCCUUUCUUGUGGGUUCAAGUAAUGGUUUGCUUUGUCUUAAUAUUGUCGAAAGGGGCACAAACCUUGAUUGCUGUGUUUUAUGGAAUCCUGCAACAAGACAGAAAAGGUUCCUGCCCUCUCACCUAUUAGAGAUUAGGUACAGGCAUAGCACGUUCGGGCUUUGUUUCCUUCCUCAAAUAAGUGACUACAAAUUGCUGCGAUUUGUAAACGUGCCUGUGGAUGACUUCAAAGCUGAGGUUUUCUCCUUGAGUACAGGCUCUUGGAGAGAAGUUAAGGCCAUUCCUAUGCUUGGACGCCAUUUCGCAAUUUACAAUAAACAUGUGAUUGUGAAAGGAGUAUGGUACUGUAUGGCUUCUAGAGUAAAGAAGGAUCCAGGUUCACAAGUUGUGCACUUCAUUCUAACGUUUGAUAUGGGCAAUGAUUCUUUCUCGAGAUUGGAAGAUGGAGUGCCUGGUUUUGGUAACCCUAUGGUGUAA